GGGCGGCCGCCGCGAGCAUGCGCAUGGGCACUGCGGCGGGCGGGUGCGGAGUCCUGGUGCGGGGACGCGGGGCGGCGCGAAGAGGUGCUCUCUGCCGCCCCGCGCCCCCAUGUAUGCCUUUUACUCCCUGCUCAUCUACAUCUUCUACAGCCUUUUCCGCAGGAAUGGCGGGGCUGCUGCGGCCGCGGACGCCGGGGACCCCUCCCAGGGAAGCGGCGGCAAACCUAGGGGUCGUCGCCGCCCCGAUCAGUUUACGUCAGAACUGUGGACCGAGCUGAACAGCCUGGCAGGCUGCUCAGAAUCUGAGGAUGGUACUAAAGGAGCCGAGGGCGGAGCAGCCGAGGUGUCCCUGGAAGAGGCACUCAUGCGCCUUGCUGAGUUCCUCUCCCUCCAGCUGGGGGCAGAAGAGAGUUGCGGGACUCCUCCCGACGUGGGCAAGCCUGGUGAGGUUCCCCCAUUGUUGACAGUAACAAGUCAGCUCUUGGCCCUUCUAGCAUGGACACGGAGCCCCAGGGGGAGGCAGGCCCUGCUCCAGGGGACUCAGCCAGCCUGCCCAAUGCAGCCCUCCACUCUAGAUGGCUCUCUGUCACAUGAAGAAAGCUCCUCUCAACCCACUCCCAUCGUGGAUGAGGUACCAAGGGAUGAGACCCAGGAACAUCAGCCUCCCCAGUUGGAGGAGGAGCAGAGAGCUUGGCAGCGGUUGGAAGAGCUUAUUCUUGGACAGCUGGAAGAGCUGAGACAGCAGUUGGAGCAGCAGGAAGAGGAGCUGAGUAGACUUCGUCUCGGAGUGGGGGUGACAGAUUCAGAGAAAAGGGUUCAGCACCUCACACUGGAGAAUGAAGCCUUGAAACAGAGCUUGAGCCUUACCCGGGACCUCCUGCUGCACUGGGGCCCUGGCCCCCUCACCAGAGCUCCACAGGAGGAAGCGGGGGCACUGUUGGAGCUGCAGGGCCAGCUUCAAGAGGCCCAGGACACCACAGAAGCUCUGCGAGUCCAGCUGGGGGUCCAGGAGAUGCAGCUGCAGGGCCUUCGAGGGGCUCUCCAGAAGCUCCAGCAGGAGACAGAACAGAACUGCAGACAGGAGCUGCAGCAAGUUCAUGGACAGCUGGCAGGACUUCGGGCACGGAUGGCCAGCCUGCGCCAGGGCUGUGGAGACCUUCGAGGACUGGUCAGCACCUUUACUCAGAGUUGUCAGGGCUCGCUGAGUGAGGCCCAGGGCCAGGUAUCCUGGGCCCUUGGGGCUCUGUCAGCUGGAGGGGCUAAGACUCAGCCCCCGGAAGGGCAGCAGGAACCCCCAGCUGGAUGCUCAGGGCGGCUUUUGGAACUCAAGGGUGAGAUUGGCUUUGGGAAUGGAGCAGCACUGACUAUAGGAUGGAAGAAGAGCUCUCUUGUUUUAAGGCUAAGGAGGCAAUCUGCUGUUGUGGUCCCCAAUGCAGGGAAUAUUCGUGUUCUGUGUCGGCUGAGACCAGCUGAAGGGAUACCUUCCAGCCUGGUGAGCGUGGAGCCUGGACAAGGGGGGACCAUUACCACCUGCUACCGAGGGCGCCAGCAUCGCUUUCGCCUGGACUGGGUCUUUUCUCCAGAUGCCAGCCAGGAGGAGGUCUUCAGGCAGCUAGAGCCUGCUGUGUUGUCCUGCCUCCAGGGGUACAGUGUCUGCAUCUUCACGUAUGGUCAGACCGGGACUGGGAAAACCUACAGCAUGGAGGGCCCACCCGAGGACCCUGGCAUAGCUCCUAGGGCACUGCAGUUGCUGUUCCGGGAGAUGGGGACUGGAGGGCACCACCAUGUGACCCUCAGCAUGGUGGAGAUCUACAACGAGGCAGUCAGGGACCUUCUAGCCACGGGGCCUCCAGAGCGCCUGGUCGUGAGGCAGGGACCGGCAGGGCAAGGGGGAAUUCAAGUGGCUGGCCUCACACACUGGGACGUACCUAACCUGGAAACCCUGCACCAGAUGCUGAGUCUGGGGAGGAGCAACAGAGCCACAGCAGCCACUGUCAUGAACCAGCACAGCUCACGGUCCCACGCCCUAGUUACGCUGACUUUACGCGCCACCUCUCCGCCUCGAGCCCAGGGUACCACAGGCACGCUGCACCUAGUGGACUUGGCAGGAUCUGAGCGCGUGUGGAAAGCAGGGGUGGCCAGCACCCCGCAGAGAGACCCGAAUGGCGCCCGGCGUCUGCGGGAGGCCCAGGCCAUCAACCGCUCCUUGCUAGCGCUGGGAGGAGUGAUGGCCGCGCUCCGAGCUCGGAGACCCCACGUGCCCUUCCGAGACUCACAGCUUACACGCCUGCUCCAGCCGGCGCUCGGUGCCGGCACCACUGCGGUUCUGCUCUUGCAGAUAUCCACGAGGACGGAAGAUCUCGGAGAGACCAUCUGCUCGCUCAAGUUUGCCGAGCGAGUGGGGCAAGUGGAGCUGGGGCCAGCACGGCGCCGAAGGGCCCCUCGCUCAGGAACCCCUUCUUCUCUCAGUACGGACACCCCACUCACUGGAACUUCCUGCACCCCUACGCCGUCUCCGGGCAGCCCUCCGAGUCCCAGCCCCAACAGCUGUUCAGGCUUGACUCUCGGGGCCCUGCCUCCCUAGAUCUGGGUCAAAGCCCUUCAAACUAGGCCUGGGAACACAACCUCUGCUGGCAGAGGCAGCAGGGAAGUUCCUAUUCCCCACCUCAUAGGUCAACCUUAAGGAAGAAAAACUCUGGGCCCUCACUGCCCCCUCAGAGUCCCACAGCUUCCCCUUCCUGAUCUGGCCGGGGCGUGUUAUGCUUGGAGAAAGGAUUGCCUCCACCCUUCCACCCCCAGCUGGGCCACAGGCCCUUAGCUCUCCCCUUAUCACCAUUUGCCCUUAUCACAGCACACAGCAGGGGAUGCAGAGCUGCAGGAACCAGACCCCAGAUCAAGUGGUUUCCCAAGUCACCACCCUGCCCCCAAUAUCAGACUCGGAAUCAAAAUGUUGUAAAUUUCUUUACUGUUAAUCUCUCCCCUACAUCCAUCAUACCCAAAUCAUGUAGGGGUCCUGUCUUUCACUCUUAACCCCUUCCCCAAAAGGUGCUACCUCCAACGCGGGCAGUUGUGGGAGGGCAAGACUUCACACUGGACCCACUUUUGGCUCUCCCUCCCCCAGCCUGGAGCCAGGAAGGUGUGGUGACAGAGGGAUGGAUAGAUGAGGGCCUGACAAGGUGGGAUCAAGGAAAGAAGCACUGCCCUAGGCUGAGCCCUGCUUCUGUGUGUGGGAGAGUCAAAGGCAUGGUUGGCCAGACCUGUCAUACCUAGCAGAGGCAACCCCUUUUUGGAGUAACCCCAUUAAAGCUGUGGGUUUUCAGCAA